AUCUCAAAGAGUUGACAAAUAGUAGGUAGUUAAAAUCUAAGGAAACCUUAAUCUGCACUAACUACCCAAAUUGUCCCCACAACAACUCUCUCUAUCUCUCAAUCUUAUGGCCCUAAGAAUGUCACUAUUUUUUCCAAACUGUCUAGUUUCAUAGCAGUUUCAUAACCUUUUCUAAUAUGGUUCUAUAUGGGUCACCACAAAAAAAACCAACUAAACUAAUACAUGACACCAUCUGCAAAUCUUAGUUUUGAAUUGUUUCUGUUAUUUCUGGUCCUCUCAUUAGAUUGUGUUAUGUGGCUAUGUCUUUUUUCCAUUUUGUAUUCUUCUUCUGGGUCCUCAUAUCAAGGACCAGUUUUGUAAUUCUUGGUUCUGCUACUUUUUGCCCACAUAACUAUGUCAAAAACAAUAGACAGUUCCACCAGAAAACUGAUCACUUUUGGGAGUUUCAAGAGCAAUCCAAUACUUGGGUUGAGCUGAAACUUCCCUAUGAUCUAGUCUCUUGUGUUGAUGAUCACUGUACUAAAGUUGGUUCAAUUGAUCCAGUAACAGAUAACAAAGAAGAAAAGUUAGAAACAGAACCUCAAGUUUCUACGCAAACUGAGAACUUGGGGAACAAAGAUGAUGAUGUUUUACCUCAGAGAAAGAGAAUUUCUUUGACUAAAAUGUCUGAGACAUCAGUUUGGGUUACCGGCGAAAGCGGUUCGAUCUACGAGAGGUUCUGGAAUGGUGUACAGUGGGUGAUAGCACCCCAUGAUCUACCAAUAGUGGCAGGUCAUGCAGUUUGUAUCUUUAUUGUCAAUCAGACAAUUCUUGCUCUAUCAGAAGCAGGAAUUCUAUAUCAGAUGCAACUCAGUGAGAGCUCACAGCCAGCAUGGAUGGAAUUCACACCAACUCCUAAUUCAAAAGAAGCAGAACAAAGUUCAACGAUCCUUAUAAAAUCUGGUGUUGUUUCACAUGAUGGUUUGAAGGUUUACUUCUGCACAAAGAAGGGCAUAUUGUUAGAACUAACUGACGUUGAGCCUCCAAGAUGGGUACAUCAUGGGAGACCACCAGGUGGAAAUGUCGUAGCAAUUGCUGAUGCCGGCAGUAUUAGACAAGAUGUACUGCAUACAAUAAGCUCAGCAGGCGAGCUUUAUGAAUAUGACAAGAGCUCAAAGCCAUCAUGGAAGAAGCAUAUAUGGACAGAAGCAACAGGAGAAGAUGCAUUGCUGAUACCGUUAAUAGGGUGCACUGCUAAUGGCUUGAAUGGCGAUUACUCGAUUUCCCUGUUUCUUUUGACUAAGAGUGGGAAAUUGGUAGAGAGAAGAUUACAGAAAAGGAAGUGGAAAUGGAUUAUCCAUGGAAGUCCGAAGAAUCAUCUACUGACUUCCAUGACCCCAGUUCUACAAGACGAAUCAAAGGAAUUUUUUUCAUUAUUUCUCACUACAGCCACUGGAUCUAUUUUUGAGUAUCGAAUUCUGAAAAUUUCAGGUAUUGGAGACAGCCAAAUUUCUGGAUCAUGGUCGAGUCAUAGUAAUCCCCCACAUGCAAAAGUUGCUAAAGGAGUUGCUGGCCUACAACUUCAAGCUGGCAGAACAUUAUUCGCACUGGAUGAUGGAAGACUCGCUGAGUUGCAUCUACCGGGAGUUGGAGGAGAAAAUAUAGGUCCAAAUUAUCAAAUUAAUGUCCGGAGAAAAGCAUCAGUCAAGUACUUAUGGUCUAUAAUAGAUGCACCAGAGACAGAAGGAUGGAAUGCAGAGUAUUGUAAAGAAGAACGAGGACCCACAAAUUGCAUUAUAGGCAUAAGAGAUGAGCCUAAUGAUUCAGGAAUUACUAGGUCAGCAACAAGAAGGCGAAAAGGAAGUCAGCCACAGCAUAAUUACUUAGUUUCCAGUGUUGGUGGAUCGAUACAACUUUCAGAAGAAUACAGUUUUCCAGACAAUUGGAUCAACACUAACUUUCGUCUAAGAGUGAUGCAUGAAAGCAGAUCGUUUUUCCUCAUAACAGACGGUGGUUUGGCAUUCGAGUAUCUUAAUACUGAAAAUUUAUGGCUUUGGUUGAGGCAUGAUCACCCAACCCCAAUCAAAGGGGCGGUAGGAAACUACAAUGGAAGUUUAUUUUUAGUUGACAUUUAUGGUAGUCUGCUAAUAAGGGAGAGAAAUGGAAAUGACCUGGCCUGGUUGAAUUGCACAGCUAUGAAGAAAGGAAAGCAAGUGACUGGUGGAUCUCCAUGGGAAGGAAUUCCAGGUAGAACUACGAGAGUUACAGCAGAAGAUGCACUCUUCUUCGUGAGCAAAACCGGAAGAUUGCUCCAGUUUACAGUUGCCUUGCGGAAGUUUAAAUGGAAAGACUGCCGAUACCCUCCAAAUACAAAAGUAGCAAGCAUAGUAGACCAGGAGCUGUUCAGAGAAAACAUAGUAUUUAUUAUUGGAAGGAACGGCCGACUAUUUCAAUACAAUAAAGUGACAGAACUGUGGCAUGAGCAUUAUCAAUCGCAACAUUUGAUUCUAUCACGAAUGCCAGGAACUGCAAUGAGAUCAUCAUCAUCUCUAUCACUUACAGGCUCCCUAUUUAUGCUGUCAGAAGAUGGUGGACUGGUGGAAUAUAAUUGGAAUACAGGUGAAGGCUGGAAUUGGAUUGAACAUGGGACGCCAAAUAAAGGCGUGACCUUAACAACUUCUCCUAGCCCGUGCUUUGAUAGUCAACUUUUUUUUAUCGGUUCAGACGGAAAAGUAUACCUAAGAUAUAUGAACCAAAAGACAUGGAAAUGGAAGAAUUGUGGCUUCCCUUAUGGAAGAAACACAAAGGGUGAAGAUCAAAUACAAGCAAGCGCAGAAGAUGAGAAUGAAGAAGCUUGUAUAGAUAAAGAUAUUUCUGCUAGCUGGGAGAAGGAUGCAGAACACUUCAAGGAUCUUAAUUGGAACUGCGACCCAAAGGUGGCAUCAACAAGACCAACUCCAUUUUCUGAGGAUUCAGUGGUCUUUGAGCUACGAGAUGGCAGAUUGGCAGAAAUGCGACGAGUUGAGGACUCACACUGGACAUGGGCACGGAUUAUUGGAACUCCAACAAGCUCAUGCAUAACUAAUUACUGGACUGCAGUGGCAUCAUGAAAGAAACACCAGCACUACAUUAUACAAGGACUUGUUAGCAAUAGACAGAUGACAAACUAGAAACUACAAAUAUUGUACAGCAACAAACGAGGGAUAGCAAGUUCAUACCUCUUUCUUUUGUAGCCUUGCCGCGACAGGGAUGAUUGAGGACUGAAACAUUCAAGAAUAAAAAGCUGCUGACAGCUAAAUAGCUUGUAUACUGAAAUUACAAACAGAAUGUACUCUUUGCUAAAAAGCAAUAACAUUUUCAAACUGAGCACACAGAGAGAUUUUCGAAACAGUGUAAAUAUUCUGUAAAAUUAAAAACUGAUUGGAAAGUUUUUGGUCA